CGGAAGGUAGUUUUGUCCUUUUUUGAAACUGUAACACCGUUCUUCUGAUGACGUGGACCUUCGAUUCAUCUUCCUAUCUUUUCAUAUAAUGAAAAAAUAUAAACAGAUAUUUCAAUGUUCUUUAAUUUUCAAUUCAUUAAGACAAUUUCUCUGCAGAGACAUUGAAUCCGCUUGUCCGAAAAGGAUCCUAUCGUGUAAGCUCACGAAACCUCGACGAAGUAAGAAGCUGGAUCUUGAGUUUGACUCGCUUCCUUAGCUCUUUCUCUCUCUCUCUCUCUCUGUCUCUUUCUUCUUCUCACUUGCAGGCGGUGCAAGAUAAAUAUUUAAGAAGACUAUUCGUUGGGUUUGAUCGGAAUCUCUUCAUCUGAGUUUCACAUUUCCCCCGAAAUAAUUUCAGAGACUUUCUUGAGAGUUUUUGAUAAGUUUGGUCCAAGUCUCAAUUUUGAAACAAAAAACAAUGCCAGAAGGGAAAUUAAGAUCAGGAGUUUACAGAUCAUUUAUAAUGUGUGAUGAUCCAAGAGGAGUUGUUGAAUGUGGAGCAAUCAAGAAACAGAGUAAGUGCCGUAGUAGUACUAACCAGAGAUUAGACCAUCCUUCGAAAUCAAAAGAUAAAUCCGAAACAGCGGCGAGGAAGAGCACAGAGGAAGCUCCUCCUUCUUCAUUGCAUCUGUUGAGAGUAUCAAAAGGGAUUCAGAAACUAAACGUUGCGAUUGAUUCAUUGUCUAAAGGGUUAAGCUACGAAGCUGCAAGGCCUGAAGAUAUAUCUAAAGAUUUGUUAAGAGGAGCACUUGACUUAGAAGAGUCUUUAGCUAUGCUUACUAGUAUUCAAGAAGAUGAUCUCAAGCAUAACCCGAGGAUUAGUAAAGACGGAGGAAGAAGCGAUUUGCGGUUUCAGAGAUCAAUGUCUGAUAGAUUCGGAGAGCGUGUGGAGAAACGGAUGAUGGUUCAAGAGAAUGUAGCAGCGUCAAGAGAUUGUUAUGAUGAUCUAAGGAAAGUGAUUAGAGAAAGCUUUCUUAAGCAGAAUCUUCUUCCACAAACAGAGACUAAGUCUCGGGUUGUUAGAAAUGAUUUCGCUUCUUCUUCUGGCGCUGCCUCUUCAUCAACGAGCUCGAGUCAAUUUUCUAUGGUUUCUGGCUCUACAAAGUCAUCUGCUUCGUCUGAUAUCACAAGGAGAGCUCCAAGUUUGAUUGCUAGGCUUAUGGGUUUGGAUGUAUCUCCUCAAGAACCGACUAAUCAUAAACCGGAGUUAUUAAAGGUGUCAGCAGAAAGACAAGAGGAGGUUAAGAAGAAGAAGAAGAAGGAGAAUCUUGAAACUGUGAGAUGUGACUCUACAAGAGAAGCUGUUUUACAAUCUUUGCCUGAAGAGAAUCCCUCAACUAUAGUACUCAUCAGACCUAUGCGUGUGGUACAGCCCGAAAUCGAAGAAAAACCGGGAAACAAAAGACCAGUUUUGUCCAAGAAACCGAGGAUGCAAGGUGAGGUUCAUCCAAGAAUGAUUAACCAGAGAAAAGAUCAUCAAGCCAAGCCAAUGAAAUUGCCAUUAAGUCUGACUAAGAGAGGCAGAGAACCAAAAGAAACGGUGCGGAGAAUCGAAGAGAAUGAAGGUAAAGUAAUCAAGAAAAUGUCUCCAAGCAAUGUCAAAGAUCGAAAACCGGUGGAAACAAACAAAAAGCUUCUUGUCAAGAAGGAGGAUCUUGGUGAAGGUAGAGAUAGAUAUAAACCUCAUGACCGAUCUAUUAAGCCACCGAAUAAUCCUGCAACUCACAAGAAAUUGAAUAGUUCUUCGGAUGUUUCAAGAAACAAGACUCGGCGUUCAAGGUUGAGCUCCAGCUCUAGCUCUAGUAAUAGUGCUGAGCAGAGAAGUAGUAACCGGGAAAAGAAGUCCGGUGAGGCUAAUAGACCAAACGUCAAGAAGAAACUCCAUCUACGAGAUAGUGACCUCACUUCAGAGAAUAUUUCAAGUUCUUCAUCAAUAAACCAACUUUCUACAGAGGAAACCACUUCUUCAGAGGUUCACAUUCAAGGCCAUUGUGAUAACGGAGAAGUUACUUCUUGUGCUGCCACAAUUCAGCAAGAAACCUGCCAAAUCUCACUUAGAGAUUUCCUAUCUAGCUCCCAAGAUUUCGUCAGUUAUGCCGAGAAUCUCUUUGACUUCAAAACCAAUUCCAAAAGAAGUCAAGAAUCAGCCUUUCAAGAUAGAGACAGCAUCGUAAUCUCAGACCAAAGACUUGCACUAGAUUUCGCCAAAGAAGUAGCCAGACGCAGAAGCCUUCUUCUCAUUUCGGAACCAACGUGUGCCCAAAGAAGCUCUGUGCACAUUGAUGAGUUGUUAAUGGAAGUCUGUGAUGAGUUUGAGUCCUUGAGAAGUUACAGAGACACGUUCUUAGGACAGAGCAGCUUUGUUAAAGAGAGCAUUCACAUGAUAUUGGAGAAGGAUUUAACGAGUAAGAAGACAGAGAUAACAAAUGGAGUUUGGGAUUUGGGUUGGAGAAAUGAGUUUCAGAUUGAUGAAACUCAUCAAGCUGUAGUUGACUUAGAGAAACUUAUCUUGUCUGGUUUGAUCCUAGAACUUCUCUCUUGAAUCUACCAAAAUAAAUGUUCCUCUUUUUGUAUUAGAUUAGUUUGAUUUCAUAAUUUAAAUUGUUUGAAACCAAUUUAAAUACCGAAGUAUAAAUUAAAUAUAAAAAUCAUUUAUUUAUUUUAAUGUGAAAAGUAAAUCUCUUAUAAAGAAAA